AUGGAUUUUACGACUUUCAAUCCAUCAUCCUUCCGUGGAAAAGAGGAUCCAGUUGGAGUCAUGGAUUGGAUAUCGGAGAUGGAGUCAGCUUUCAUAACAUGUGGUUGCACAGGGAAGCUACAAACCACCUAUGCUAUGAGGCAGUUCAAGGGCAUAAUGCUUUGUUGGUGGAACACGUUACGGAAGACUGUGAGUCCCAACAAGCCAUUGCAGUUGACAUGGGACAAAUUCUUGAUCCAUUUCAUGAGGAAGUUCUAUUUGACUGAGAAAAUGUUGGAUUUGGAGAAUCAAUUCUUGGCUUUGACAAAGGGAAACAUGUUAGUGGACGAGUACAACAAUGCUUUCACUGUUACAAAGGAUUUCGCACUGCGACUUACUCCAGAUGAACUGACCAAGAUUGAUCGGUAUGCAAAGGGAUUGCAAUGGGAGUACACUGUGCCGGUGAAGUAG